GCCUGAUCAGUCCGACCACGGCUUCAGCUUCGGAAGAGCUACAGAAAGAUUUAGAAGAGGUGAAGGUGCUGCUGGAAAAAGCCACUAGAAAAAGAGUACGUGAUGUCCUUACAGCUGAAAAAUCCAAGAUUGAGACAGAAAUCAAGAACAAGAUGCAGCAGAAAUCACAGAGAAAAGCAGAACUUCUUGACAGUGAAAAGCCAGCUGCUGUGGUUGCUCCCGUUACAACAGGAUAUACAGUGAAAAUCAGUAAUUACAGAUGGGAUCAGUCAGAUAAGUUUGUGAAAAUCUAUAUUACCUUAACUGGAGUUCAUCAGGUCCCCACCGAGAAUGUGCAGGUGCAUUUCACAGAGAGGUCAUUUGAUCUUUUGGUAAAGAAUCUAAAUGGGAAGAGUUACUCCAUGAUUGUGAACAAUCUCUUAAAACCCAUCUCUGUGGAAGGCAGUUCAAAAAAAGUCAAGACAGAUACAGUCCUUAUUUUAUGUAGAAAGAAAGCAGAAAAUACACGUUGGGACUACCUGACACAGGUUGAAAAAGAAUGCAAAGAGAGAGAAAAGCCCUCCUAUGACACUGAAACAGAUCCUAGUGAGGGACUGAUGAAUGUUCUAAAGAAAAUUUAUGAAGACGGAGAUGAUGACAUGAAGCAAACCAUUAAUAAAGCCUGGGUGGAAUCAAGAGAGAAGCAAGCCAAAGGAGACACAGAAUUUUAAGACUUUAAAGUCAUUUUGGGAACUGUGAUGUGGAAAUAUUGAUGUUUCCAAUAAGGAAAUGUUGGUGAGCUGCACAGAUAAAUUUGACAGAUAACUGCUUACAUAGCCACCUUCUAAGUAAAGGCAGUGAAUUCUCCCAUUUCCUCCUGGAGGAUUUAUUUAAAUAAAAUAUGCUUAUUAAACACUUCCUCCAAAGAGCGUUUCCUUAGUAAUCUGGGCAUUUUGUUCAAAAAAGGAUAAUAUGGUAUUCUUGUGUGAAAUGUAAAAAAAGCAAGUCUUGCCUAAUGAUAAUGCCACAUUGUGUGUA